AUGUCCUAUUAUGACGACGAUCGGUCCCGUCGCAAGAGCACCCGAGAGCGAUCACGCCGAGACGAUUACUACGAUGGUACCGUCUAUGAUCAAGAUGUCAGAGACACCCGCCUAGUCAAGCGGCGUGAUGACAGUACUUCUUCAGUCGAGGAAGUGCGCCGAGACUUCGCCCCGGGAGAUCGCGGCGCCGCCGUCUAUCGGGAGACGACCGUGCGCCGGAGUGGCCAUCGCCCCAUCCGUGCACGAUCAACCGAUGACCGCUUCUUUGACGACCGCUACGAUGACCGCUCCUACACAUCUCGCCGGCGACGUGACGACGACGUGACAUAUGUCGGCAAGCGCGGAAGUCGGGACUAUGAUGAUAGACGUCACUCCAGACGCCGUGACUCUGAUUCGGACUAUUCCUUGCCCAGUCGCACUCCUACGAAAAGAGAACGGAGGAAGUCCACCACUGAAGAAGUCUUGGGCUCUCUGGGCUUAGGAGGGGUCGCCGCCGCCGUGCUAGGCAAGAACCGCGAUCGGUCCAGGUCCCGCUCCGUGUCCAGCGACCGUGUGUCACGUCGCAGAAGCCGUAGCCGCGCAGGUGGCCGGCGAUCAUCUUCAGAUCGGUCGCGCCGAGGCAAGAGCAAGGUCAGAAGUGAACAAGUCUCUCAGGUGAUCAAGGCGGCCGUCCUGGCAGGUGCCAGUGAAGCCUUUCGCGCUCGAAAAGAACCCGGCGGCUGGGGCGGUGACAAGGGCAAGCGAGUCCUGACUGCUGCUCUUGCCGCGGGCGGUGUCGACGGCUUGAUCUCCAACAAGCGUGAUCCUGAUCACCAUGCCAAACGUGACAUUGUCGGGUCUGCCUUGGCCGGUCUCGCUGCCAACCGUGUCAUUAAUGGUCCUCGGUCCAAGUCUCGCGGUCGGACUGGCAGCCCCGACAGUCGUCGUGGCCGCAGCCAAUCCCGCGGGGGUCUGGGAGACUUGGCGGCUGGAGGCGUGGUGGCGGCGGCGGCAAAGAAAGUCUAUGAUCAUGUUCGCUCUCGGUCUCGUGGUCGUGCUCGCUCCCGAAGCUCCUCAUACGACAGUCGGGACAGUCGAAGCCCUCCACGUCGCAAACGAAGUCAAAGUGUGUCCGGCAUGGCCGCCAAAGGACUCGCCGCGUUAGGCUUCAAGGAUGCCGCGGCCAAGGUCGACCCUGAGCGUCGGCGAUCGAGGCAGCGAUCGAGGCAUUACGACGAUGAUUACUCCGACGACGGUCGGAAUGGAGGAUAUGGAUACAGUGAUUCCAGAGAUGUAAGCACCUUUCAACCCCAUCAUGGCCAGUUGACGAGCAGUUCCCGUUCCGUGAGCCUACCCAGAGGGCCGGUUGCUGGCUAUGAACUUGACUACGGACCGCGUCAUACUGGUGACCCAGAAACAGACUCGGAUUCUGACCUCGGCUCCAGUUCCGAAGAUGAGAAGUUGCACAAGAAAAGUCGCAAGAAAGCUUUGCUUACCGGGGGUCUUGCGACCGUGGCCACCAUCCACGCCGCGCACAACGUCUGGCAGAGUGUGGAGAAGAGAGAGGCUCGGAGGAAAGCUCUGCGGGAGGGUGAAAUCAGUAAGGAAAAGGCGAAGAAUGAGAAAAACAAGGCGAGAUUGCAAGACGCCGCCAGUCUCGGCAUUGCAGCUCUCGGCAUCAAGGGCGCCUACAGCGAAUGGCAGGAACUCAAAGAACAUCGCGAGGAAAUGAAGGAAGAAAAGGAGAAGCUCGCCCGGCACAGAGCCAAGCGGGAGGCUAGAAGGAGGAAGAUGAGCAUGAUCGCGGCGGAACAUUCUAUGAACGGCGGGUUCACAGGAAGCAUGCCGAACCUAUCGACAUACUCAGACCCUUACCAUCCUUACCAUGACCCUUAUCGUCCGACCGGCCCGCCGCCUUACAAUGGCGGCCCCUACAGUACUGUAUCGCCGGUUCAUUAUUCCGAUGACAAUCCCUACGGUGCAGUCUCACACCAACCACAGUAUGUUCCGGCUCCGGCUCCACCUCCUCCAAUGGGUGUUCCGAGGUCAGAGACACGAUGA